AUGAGGGCUGGCGUGGGUAGAGCCAGAGGAACCGUCAACGCGGCGGCGCGUGGGUUAGACGUCUCCGUGGUGGAGAGUUUUCCGACGUUCGUCUACUCUGAGGUGAAGACGCAGAAGCUUGGGAAAGGGGAGCUUGAGUGUGCGAUUUGUCUGAACGAGUUUGAAGACGACGAAACGCUGCGUUUGUUGCCUAAAUGUGAUCACGUGUUUCACCCUCACUGUAUCGGCGCUUGGCUUGAGGCUCACGUGACUUGCCCUGUUUGUAGAGCGAACCUCGCUGAGGGAGGGACGGUCGAACCGGUUGUUGAGUUGGAGGAGGUGGUGGUGGAUCCCGAACCGGUUGUUGAUGUUCCUGUACCGGAACGAUCGGUUAGGAAUGAAGUGGAUUCGAGUAGAUUACCUGGAGUACCGGUGGAUGUUAGACGUGUCAAGUUCUCGAGAUCGCAUACUACGGGACAUUCGGUGGUUCAACCGGGAGAAUGUACCGAGCGGUUUACUCUCCGGUUACCUGAAGAUGUGAGGAAGAGGAUGAUGGAGAAUUGGAAGGUAAACCGGUCGGAUAGUCUUUCUAGGGGAGGGAGUUCCAGAAGAGGUAAACCGAUUGACCGGUCAAGGGCUCGGUCUGAUCGUUGGUUGUUCCGUAAAACGCCGUCGUUUCUGUGGAGGAGUAGGGAUGAUGGUUCGAUUAGGCUAGGUGCUACCGGUAGCGUUAGGGGAAAUGCUGUGGUGAAUUCAACCGGUGAUUCGGUACGGUCGGACCGGUGGGGUUUUCUUAGAAACGGGUCGUUUAUGUGGAGGAACUCUUCGGUACAUGUGCCAAGAGGAGUAGUCAAUAAAGACGGCGAAGGAACUUCGGUUAAAUCAACCGGGACAGGGGGAUCAACCAGCGGUUCGGUGAGGUUACCGGUUUAGCUCACUUUUCUUUAGCCGUAGCUACUACUUUGUUUCUCAUCUUUUACAACUUUUGUUUUGUAGACACGCAAUACAUUUUUUAUUAAUUUUUAAUUGUUAAUUUUGUAUUUAAAUUCUGUAACGUACAUAUAAAUCAAAGUCAAAUCUAGAAAAUAGUUCUGUUCUC